UUUUUGAACUCUCAAUACUCAGUGCAGUUGCUAUUACGAUUAAAAGUAGAAGUGUUUCAUACACGUACCUCUUCUAAUCUAACCUAUAUUUAUUUUUCCAUUUUGAUUUCUUCAGAUUUGUACAGUGUAUAUACAGUUUUUUGGCAUCUCAAUGAACGUAUGAAGGGUGUGUUUGUUUUAAAAAAAAGCUUUGUUUUUGUUUAUAAUAUUCUUCGUUGUUGUUUACAAGCAUCUUUGUUCAAGCUGAAAAGAGUAUUUUUUUUUUCAUAGCUUUAACAACAAUAAUGGGCUUCCCCUUCUAUACAUUAUAAAUACAGUUUAAAGUGCGUCUAUCUCUUAACUACACUUAGCUACUUUGUUUUUUUUUUCUAACGAGGUGAUUUAGAGCGAUCGAGUUCAACAACAAAAGUUACAAGUUUUGUGUAAUAUAGAUUAAACCAUGUCUUUUUGAUAAACGCCUAUAAAAAUUAACAAAAAAAAACUUUAACGCCGUGAAAAAACUAAAAAAAAAAUGGUUUCCAAGGAUUUCAAAACUUAUGGGUACCAUACCAACGAACUUAAUUAUCAAGUUAUUUUAUUCUAACUAUAUUCAAUAAAAUUUGCCAUGAGCCCAUGAUGAAAGGUGUGCAGUUGGUGAAGCAGUGUCGGUUAUAAAAAAAAAAAAAAGCUCAGGGACAAAUAUUGUUUGGCUGCUGAUGACACACUAUGCAUCGUCUCAACACGCUUGCUAGCUUUUCAAAUUUAAUUGGCAAAUAUACAAGUUCUAUCUCCUCUUCAUGUACAUUAUUUAUAAAUUAGAAAAAAAAAGGUUCAAGAAAGUUAUGUAAUUCUAUAGAAAACCAAAAUCAGUCCUAAAUGAAAGACAUUUGUAAAUAAACACUUAAAAAAGAUACAAAAACAUUGUUCUCUUGAUCGAAUCGAGAGAAAUUCCUACAAAGAAAAAAAAAAAACAAAACGGCUAUGGCAGUUUUAUCAAAAUACUACGACCAAGUAGUCCAAAAAUAUGAAAAACUUGGUUAUACUGCUCACGGAUUUAGCCAAGCUAUCGUUGGUGCUGCCAUUAUUGCAUAUACUGUAAAAGUGGCAUAUCCACUUAUAAAAAAAAAUGUUCCCGAUCAAGUUCAGCCAAGUGAAAAUACUCUCAAAAGUGAAAAACCUGUCAAUGGAAAAUGCAAAGAGAACAACAAUAACAACAACAGCAACACAGCCAAGUUAAAACCACCAAAUCAUGAAACAACAACAAUAUUUCCAAAUGACGAUGAAGCUAAAAUUGCUGAAGCUGAAAAGCUACUUCUAGCAUCAAAAAAGAAAGAAAACCAAGAGGUUCAACCAGGAUUAAAUUUGGAAUUUUUAGCUCAACUGCAACAGUUACUAAAAGUUAUGAUCCCAAGACCAUUUUGCUAUGAAACUUGUUUGCUUGGAAUACAUACCGUCUGCUUGGUGUCACGAACUUUUCUCAGUAUUUAUGUAGCAUCUCUAGAAGGUGCCAUAGUGAAAUUUAUAGUACGUAAAGAUGUCAAGCAAUUUGCAGUAAUGCUCAUGAAAUGGUUUGGAAUUGCAAUACCUGCUACAUUUAUCAACUCAAUGAUAAGGUACCUCGAAAACAAACUAGCCUUGGCUUUUAGAACAAGACUUGUGAGGCAUUCAUACCGUUUGUAUUUCAAAAACCAAAACUACUAUCGAGUAUCAAAUUUGGAUGGCAGAAUUGAAAAUGCAGAUCAUAGAUUAACUGAAGACAUUGCAGUAUUUGCAAGUUCAGUUGCACACCUUUACAGCAGUUUGACAAAACCAUGUUUUGACUUAAUGCUCAUUGGAUUUGCGUUGAUGCGAUCCUCACAGAAAAUGAAGGCUAAUAUCUUUUCUGUAAUGUUUUUGACAGGGCCAGCCUUUUCGAUAUCUAUUAUUGCUCUGACUGCUCACAUCCUACGAAUAGUAUCACCUAAAUUCGGCCAGCUGGUUGCCGAAGAGGCAAAUCGCUAUGGAUAUUUGCGACAUAUUCAUUCGCGAAUUAUAACAAAUGCCGAAGAAAUUGCAUUCUAUGGUGGGCAUAAGGUUGAGUUAUCACAACUUCGUCAAGCCUACAACCGUUUGGUAAAUCAAAUGAAUGCAAUUUUCACCCAAAAAUUGUGGUUUGUAAUGCUAGAACAGUUUUUUAUGAAAUACGUCUGGUCUGGUACCGGAAUGGUGAUGGUAUCUUUGCCCAUACUUACUUCUUUAUCUAAACCUAAAAUUGAUCCCAGUGGUAAUAUGACCAUCAUUGAAAGCUCAGUUAGUGAGCGAACGCAGUACCUGACAACAGCAAGGAAUCUUCUUAUUUCUGCUGCUGAUGCUAUCGAGCGUUUAAUGUCAUCGUAUAAAGAAAUAAAUGCACUAGCUGGCUACACACAUCGAGUGGCUGGAAUGCUUCAAGUGUUUGAAGAAACAGCACAGGGCAUUUACAGUAAGGCCACUGUGACUGUUGAUCCGCAAAAUGAAGCAUAUGGCGUUGUAGAGUACCAAAAUAACCGUCCUAUACCUAAGGGAAAAAUCAUUUACACAGAUAGCGAACAAAUGUCCAUAAUGUUGAACAAGGUACCUGUUGUUACGCCUAAUUGUGACGUAGUAGUGCCAAGUUUGACCCUUCGAAUUGAUCCCGGAAUGCAUUUGCUUAUUACUGGUCCAAAUGGUUGUGGUAAAUCCAGUUUGUUCCGCAUAUUGAGUGGAUUAUGGCCAAUUUAUGCUGGCGAAUUACAUAUACCACGGCCGAUUGAGGGCAAGCCUUGUAUGUUCUAUAUACCACAGAGACCGUAUAUGUCAAUUGGUAGUUUGUGUGAUCAAAUUAUCUAUCCAGAAAGCCGGGAAGAUAUGAUUAGAAAAGGUGUUACUGAAGAUCAAUUGAAUAAUAUUUUGAAAAUGGUUAGCUUGGAACAUAUUGCCCAAAGGGAUAGUUUUGAUAAAGUUCGAGAUUGGAAAGAUAUUUUAUCAGGAGGUGAAAAACAGCGUAUGGCUGUAGCCCGACUUUUUUAUCAUAAACCAAAAUAUGCCCUUCUUGAUGAAUGUACUAGUGCUGUUUCAAUUGAUGUUGAGAGUUCUAUCUAUGAAAUUGCAAAAAACAUGGGAAUAACUUUAUUAACGAUCACUCAUCGCCCUACUUUGUGGCGUUUCCACACUCAUAUACUUGAAUUUAAUGGACAGGGCAGUUGGACAUUUCGUCAAAUGGAAUCAAGUGAAGAGCAAAAACAACAUUAGUUCAAAAUUUGUUGUGUUCAUGGGAGCAAAUUGGUUAUAUUUUUUAAUGUAAACCAAACCUUCCAUACAGUGAUAUCAAAAAAAAAACAUAUAUACAAUUCGAUAAACCUUUUAACAAAAAAAAAAAACUAUUGAUAAUAAUUAUAGGUAUUAUUAAUUAGAGUUAACACUUAAAAAAUAUUUUCACAAAACACAAAAGGUUUUUUAUUUGUAUGUAUGUAGUUAAAAUAAAUCAAAACUGACCCACCUGAUUAUGAGUGCCCUGCCCACUAGAACCUAUUUCACAGAUCAUACAUAAAUACAUCACAUAUAACAAUGGUUUUCAAAAAAUAGGUCAUAUUCAUAAUUGUUAUUUAACUUGAACUGGAGUUUAUCCAAUGCAAUUCAAAUUGGAUAAACUCGAGUUUUUCUUAAAAGUAGCUUAAACAGUAGGGGUAUUCAUGAAACCAUGUAAAAGUGGUAAAAUGGUAAAUUUCCAUAUUUACCAUUUUACCACAUUUACCAUUUUUAACGAGCUGUCAAAAUUUUCCCGCACACUUUUGUGUAGUAAAGUUUACUAUCUGAAUCUGGUAAAUGUGGAAAACUUUUGAUGUUGAAUUUUGACGAUAAAAUAAACUAAAAUGACUUAAAACUGAAAAAAUAUUUUUUAAAUACUAUAUUUUCAGUUUCUAGUUACAAAUAGACAUCAAAUAAGCCGCCGCCACAUUUAUACAUUUUGAUUUUAGGGGCGUUCAUAACGCGUGUUUGGUAAACUUUUCCAUUUUGUGAUGCGGUUAAGUUUACAAUGCUUCAUGAAUACGCCAACCCUAGUGUCUAUACGUCGCCUAUUUUUGUUGUUUUGUUUUUUUGGUCGCAUAUUAUAUGUACUUAAAUGAAAUAUUUCCAAUAAGGUUCUUGAACAGAUCUAUUUAAUUUGUUUAGUUCUGUUCGACGAGAAAAUAGUUAAAUCAGAUCAGGAUAGGACAGAACAGUUUCAUGAGAAAUGUCAGAACAGAAAACAACAACUAACACAUUUGACAUUUCUCACGAAUCUAUUCCAAUUGAAAAGCAAGAGCAGAAAAUUCUGUUCUUAACUGUUAAACACAGCGUCAAUAAACAGCAAAUUAGAACAGUUCAGAACAGAAAAAUCAUUUACCAAUGAAGGAAUCAGGCAAAAAAAAUUACUUUGCAAAUUCAUGUAUGUUUCAGGGGGAAAUGUUCCAGUUAAACACAUAAGGUUUGUUCGUUGUGAGCUCUAGGGCACUCUUUGUAGCUCCUCCUCUGUGUUCGAUGUUCGCUCUGAACGCAUCCUGGAAAACUCUAGGUAUUUUGUCAGAGCGCGGAAUUCAGAGUUAUCAAAAUCAAAUCAGCUGUUGCCAUUUAAGCCUAGUAUACAGUUCUUCUUCUAAAAAAAACCAAUGCAUUUCUUAUGGGAGAGAUUUUUUUAGAUUUUUUCCGAAAAAAAAUAUUUUUUAACUCAACCAAAAUCGAAAAAAAAUUUAUAUUCACCACGACUUUUUUUCUCGCAAAACAAUGUGCAGCCCAUUACUUUUGCGGAAAAAACUUACAACUGUCAUCUGUUUACCACAGAUAUUUUUUUUUUUCAAGAAAAAAAAAAUUUUUCUUAACGACUUAUUUUUUUUUAUCACAAAGAACUGUAUACUAGGCUUUAAGAAAAAAAAAAUUGUUUGGAGUGCGAAAAGUGAUUUGUUGUUUGUGGAUACAAAAUUUGUGUGGUAAAUAUGAGAUUUUUCACGAAAUAAGAAACUAAAUAAAGUAAAAAAUGUCAAAACAGAAAUCAGCUGAUGACACAAGAGCUCUGAGGUGUUCGAUGUAAAAUAAAACCCGAGAAACUUUUAUUUUUUUUUGACAGUUGAUUGACAUGACUCAGAGUGCCCUGGAGCGGGAAAAAAACGAACAUACCUAUUAUUUUGCUAUCAACAAAAACAAUAAAAUAUAUUUAAGAAAGAUGUAAAAAUUAGUGAAUGUAAAUUAAAUAUGUGAUGUUUGUAAAUAGUGUAUGAUCUGUCAAAUAUGCAGACAAAUGUUAUUGAACAUCCAAAACAAAACUCAGAAUGUUUCAUAAUAAUAGGUAAAUAUUAUGUUUUGUUUUUUUUUUUUUUUGUAAAUUUGUAAUUCAAAUUUGUUGAGACCUAUUCUGUUGUUACUGUAAUCUACUGUAUAGAAUUUGAAAAAAAGAAAAAGCAAAAUUAUAUCGGUAUUCAAUUUGGGAGAUUGUAGGUAUAUGUAUAUUUAUUAUCAUUUUGUAUUAAAAAUAAAUAAUAUUGAAAUUAAA